AUGGCUGUCACCAGCGGCGUGGAAGCUCGGUCCUUCACCCUCGAGGAGGUCACAGCGGGGGAGGGGAGGUCACUGGGCUGGGUUCUGCCGGUAGAUAAAUACAGUAAGUCCCCUACAUACGAACGAGUUCGGUUCCUAGAGCAUGUUCCAAGAAAGGGGAGCACCGUUAGCACCCUGUGUAAUAGCGUUGUUCCUCAGCUGUCUUGGGAAAUGCCUGAUGGGCAACUAGAGGACACCAAUGGAGCUGUGGGGAGAGAUGCCAGAAAGCAGCAGGCUGAAAGCUGUAUACCUGCACAAGUGGUGGCUGCCGUUGAUAUAAACACUGUCGCUAACCAAGUAUACAAGUAUAAUUUUCCUCACACACAGUUACUGGCCAAGACAAUUGAAGGUAUUACACUAGAAGAGUUUGACAGAUUAUCUUUCAAUAUGAUUUUAAUGAGCCCUCCCUGUCAGCCAUUCACAAGAAUCGGCCUGCAAGGUGAUGUGACUGAUCCAAGGACAAAUAGCUUCUUAUAUAUUCUAGACAUUCUCCCGAGGUUACAAAAAUUACCAAAGUAUAUUCUUUUAGAAAAUGUUAAAGGUUUUGAAGUAUCUUCUACAAGAGACCUGUUAAUACAAACAAUAGGAAAUUGUGGCUUUCAGUACCAAGAAUUUCUGUUGUCUCCAACCUCUCUUGGCAUUCCAAAUUCAAGGCUACGGUAUUUCCUUAUUGCAAAGCUUCAGUCAGUGCCGUUCCCUUUUCAAGCCCCUGGUCAGGUACUGAUGGAGUUCCCCCAAACUGAAUCUGAACAUCCACAAAAACAUGCGAUAGAUGCAGAAAAGAAAAUUGAAGAAAAGAAAAUUGAGCCAAAUAUUUGCUUUGAUAGCAGCACACAAUGUUCUGGAAAAGAGGCCAUUCUUUUUAAGCGUGAAACUGCAGGAGAAAUUGACAGGAAACGUCAACAGGACAGUGAUCUCUCUGUGCGAAUGCUAAGAGAUUUUCUUGAAGAUGACAUUGACAUGAAUUCAUACUUUUUACCACCAAAGUCAUUGCUGCGAUAUGCUCUUUUGUUAGACAUUGUUAAGCCCACAUCCAGAAGGUCCACAUGCUUUACGAAAGGUUAUGGACGCUACAUAGAAGGGACAGGAUCUGUGUUGCAGACUACAGAGGAUGUGCAGAUUGAGAGUAUCUACAAAUCCCUUACCAAUUUGUCACAAGAAGAAAAGAUAACAAGAUUGUUAAUGCUUCAACUUCGAUUUUUCACUCCUAAAGAAAUAGCAAAUCUCCUUGGAUUUCCUCCAGAGUUCGGAUUUCCUGAGAAGACAACAGUCAAACAGCGUUAUCGUCUACUUGGAAAUAGUCUCAAUGUGCAUGUAGUAGCUCAACUAAUCAAAAUCCUAUGUGAAUAAUUUUUAAGUAACUCUGAAAGAUAGUGGCAGUAUUCCAUUAUAUCCAGAUAAUAAUUCUGAAAUUCUUUUUUGAAUUAAUUUUGACAAAAUUCAACUAAAUUAUCUUAUUCUCUCAUUAAUAAGAAUUUGGAUUUAUCAGGAAAAUGCCGUUUUGUUUCCUUAAGUUUAUAUUACUGUGUUUUGUAAGGUGAAAAUUAUUGUUAUCCUUUA